AUGGUGGAUGUGACAUGGGUUAAGGCUGAGGUGGUUGGAGAUGGUUUAGCUGGGAGUCGCAAAGUGGAGGUAGUUUGGGGUGAAAGGGUGGCUAGCAUAAGGUGGUCCAUGGUGUUAGAGUUGAGAGGCUUGGUGGAGGGUGGUGGGCAAAGGUUAGGGUGGAGGUGUGAUGGAUAUAGGUUUCAGUACAUGCCAGAUCCAAUAGGAAGAAUAAUUUGUGCUAAGAUGGGCAUUGAAUUUGCGGAGUUUGAUUGGUUUGAGUGGGAAUGGAAGAAGGGAAAGUUAGAAUUGGGAGGAUGA